GUCCAGCUAUUGGUGACCAGCCAGGAUGUGGAUAAUUACAAACAGAUAAAGCAGGAUUUAGACCAGCUGAGGUCCAUCGUGGAGAAGUCGGAGCUGUGGGUCUACAAAGGAUCAGGGCCAGAGGAGGCUCCGGAACAGACAACUGGGACAGCGGACACUAAAGAGGAAGGAUCUGGGAAGCCAAAGAAAGCGGAGAGCACCAGCAGCUAUAACUACAGAGUGGUUCGAGAGAUCCUCCUGAGGCUCAGCAAGCUCUGUGUGCAGGAGAACACGUCUGGCCGCAGAAACCGCAAGCAGCAACAGCGUCUCCUGCGCAACAUGGGGGCGCACACGGUGGUGCUGGAGCUGCUGCAGAUACCCUAUGAGAAGUCUGAGGACACCCGCAUGCAGGAGAUAAUGAGGAUCGCUCAUGAAUUCCUUCAGAACUUCUGUGCCGGAAACCAGCAGAACCAGGCUCUGCUCCACAAACACAUCAACCUCUUCCUGACCCCGGGGAUUCUGGAAGCGGUCACUAUGCAGCAUAUCUUCAGGGACAACUUCCAGUUGUGCAGCGAAAUAAAUGAGCGCGUCGUUCAGCACUUUGCUCACUGCAUUGAGACUCACGGCCGCAGCGUGCAAUACAUCAAGUUCUUACAGACCAUCGUGAAGGCUGAGGGCCGAUUCAUCAAGAAGUGCCAGGACAUUGUCAUGGCGGAGCUGGUGAACUCCGGAGAGGAUGUCCUCGUCUUCUACAAUGACCGGGCCUCCUUCCAGACUCUGGUGCAGAUGAUGCGUUCGGAGCGGGAGCGGAUGGAUGAGAACAGCCCCCUCAUGUACCACAUCCACCUGGUGGAGCUGCUGGCCGUGUGCACGGAGGGGAAGAACGUCUACACCGAGAUCAAGUGCAACUCGCUGCUGCCGCUGGACGACAUUGUGCGCGUGGUGACACACGAGGAUUGCAUCCCGGAGGUGAAGAUCGCGUAUAUAAACUUCCUCAAUCAUUGCUAUGUGGACACAGAAGUGGAGAUGAAGGAGAUCUACACCAGUAACCACAUGUGGAAGCUGUUUGAGAAUUUCCUGGUGGACAUCUGCAGGGUGUGUAACAGCACGAGCGACAGGAAACACGCGGACUGCGUCCUGGAGCGCUACGUGACGGAAACGGUGAUGAGCAUCAUAAACACCUUCUUCAGCUCUCCGUUCUCCGAUCAGAGCACCACGCUGCAGACCCGGCAGCCGGUGUUCGUUCAGCUCCUACAAGCCGUAUUCCGGGUCUAUCACUGCAGCUGGCUCCUUCCAUCACAGAAGGCCUCGGUGGAGAGUUGUAUUCGAGUUUUGUCUGACGUGGCGAAGAGCCGUGCCAUAGCCAUCCCUGUUGAUCUAGACAGCCAAGUGAACAACUUGUUCCUGAAAAGCCAUAAUAUCGUACAGAAGACCGCAAUGAGUUGGCGUAUGUCGGCCAGAAAUGCUGCCCGGCGUGAUUCCGUGCUGACAGCGUCCCGGGACUAUCGCAAUAUUAUCGAACGACUGCAGGACAUCGUGUCAUCCUUAGAAGAUCGGCUGCGUCCCCUGGUCCAAGCGGAACUUUCCGUCCUUGUGGACGUCUUGCACCGGCCGGAGCUCCUGUUUCCGGAGAACACCGACGCCCGGAAGAAGUGCGAGAGCGGGCAGUUCAUCUGCAAGUUGAUCAGACACACAAAGCAGCUGCUGGAGGAGAACGAGGAGAAGUUGUGUAUUAAAGUCCUGCAGACGCUGAGAGAGAUGAUGGCCAAAGACCGCGGCUUCGGAGACAAGGGGGAAGCACUCCGGAUUAUUCUGGUGAACCGCUAUUACGGGACCGUCAAACAAAGUGGACGAAGGGAGAGCCUCACCAGCUUCGGCAAUGGAUCGUUAUCUGGAGGUGGCGGUGGGAAGUCUGCUGGUGGAGCUGGAUCCAGUUCGGGGAAUCUGAGUCGAGGGGAGAUGAGUAUGUCUGACGUUCAGUGCCACCUGGAUAAGGAAGGGGCUUCGGAUCUGGUCAUUGACCUCAUCAUGAACGCCACCAGCGACCGCGUGUUUCACGAAAGCAUCCUGUUGGCCAUUGCGCUUCUUGAAGGCGGUAAUACGACCAUUCAG